GUCAGUUUCCGGCUGUGGCGUGUGCGAAACGAACUGUGAAUUAACAUCGUCGUCGUCGUGGGAGCGCGCUGGCAGAAAUGUCGUACGUAUAAACGCGACGGUCGCUUGUUAUGUUUGACCGUCCUCCCGUCGUGGGUGAUCUCGGUGAUAGUGCGCCGUGCCGUCGUCGCGUCCUCGUCGGAGAACCGAUCGCUCGAUCCCGCACCCUCCUCGUCGCAUCCCUGCUACUGCCACCCUCGGCUCCUACGGUUCGGUGACACGGCGUCAAAGCGACGCGCGCGAUUCGCAGCAUGCAGUUCUACAAGGAGAGGCUGCUGUCGCCCGGCCAGCUGAAGCGGUUGAGCGAGCACAAGUACAGUUGCUCGAGCAGCAGCCUUCUGGACGGUCUCCUGCAGCCGUGGUGGGACUGGCUGGUCAGCAAGGUGCCACUCUGGCUCGCGCCAAAUCUCAUCACCGUGCUUGGCCUGAUCGUCAACAUUGUUACUACCCUGAUCCUGGUCUAUUAUAGCCCGGACGCGAGGGCCGAGGCACCUAGAUGGGCAUGUUUUUUAUGUGCACUUGGUCUCUUUAUAUAUCAAAGUUUGGAUGCUAUUGAUGGUAAGCAAGCCAGGAGAACUGGUACAUCUACACCAUUGGGCGAGUUGUUUGACCAUGGAUGUGACUCGAUAUCAACAGUAUUUGUUGCUUUGUCAGCGUGUAUAGCAGUACAAUUAGGAUACUACCCAACAUGGAUGUUUUUCCAGUGUUUCUGCGCAAUGACGCUUUUCUACUGUGCUCAUUGGCAGACCUACGUUUCAGGUUCCUUAAGAUUUGGUAAAGUGGAUGUAACAGAAGCACAGUUUACGAUCAUUGUAAUCCAUCUGAUUUCCGCAAUCUUUGGUCCGCAAAUUUGGAUGAUAGAGAUACCAUUCUUAGAUGGUUUUAUGUUUAAGUAUUUAUUAGGAGUUAUGACAGUGGUGUGUGCACUGGCAAAUUUGUAUUCCAUAUUUUCGGUGAUUUUCACCGGAGGAGUGGGCAAGAAUGGUUCCACUGUGGCUAUCCCUGUGCUCGGUGUAGGCACGUUCAGUAACUACAUAGCAAUGGUCUUUUAUGCAGGCUACGUUCACGUGUUCCUUGAAUUCUGUAAAGUCUUUGAAUCUGGUGGGAUUGGAAAAAACGGUUCCACAAUUGCAUUGCCAUACACUGGCACAGAGGUGAAGGUGUUUCCGUUAUGGGCUGCUGUGGGCAUCGCUAUUUUACUUGCACAGAGCAGCAUAUCCGUCAUUCUCGCCGGUGGUGUCGGAAAAAAUGGCUCCACCGUCGCAGUAAGUCAGUUGAAGAAAAGAAAAAGUAGUGGGAUCAAUUGUGUAGUGCACAUUUUGUUUAGUUCUCGAUUUAGGCCCAUGCUUUUUGAAUGUUAUACUUAGACAAGUAAAAUAGGCUUCGAAAAUCUUCUUUUAUUAUUGUAACGAGUUAACGAUGCGUUUUUACAUGUUGUAACUGGUGAAAUGUACUUAAAAGUUGUUGAUCUAAAAAUAAUUAAAUCUAAUUAAUAAUUAGAUCUAAUAAUAAUAGUAAUAAUAAACUAACUGUAGACUUUUGUUCCUAUAGACAUGUCACUGUGGGCCUAAAUCUAACGGCGUCAUGUAAAAUUAUUCAUCGCUGUUACUGUUCAUUUGUGUUGAUAUUUGUUAUACCACAUACCUCUCUCCACAGAUAAUUCCAUUCGUAUAUUUCUUCACCUCUCGCUUUCUCCUUUAUAUUUUGCAAUUAUAAAAUAUUUCUUUCCGAUAUCACUUUAUCAAUUUUCACUCGAAGCCAAAUUCUUGCAUGUUACGAAGAUGUAGAAAAGUAGAAGAUGAAAAACGAUUUAGUAAAAAUGUUAUGUACUGCUUACAUGUUAUUAAUGACGAUCUUGUUCAUAAUGAUUACUGAUCCUAUAAUGUUUUGAAUAUUUACAGCGAGAAUUUUAAUUUAUUUACAUGUAGCUUAGAAUAUAUUGCAUCGAAUGAAAUUAAUAUUAAUAAUA